AUGAUGUUUAUUAAGCUAGUUAUAGGCAGACUUAUUGUGAACAUUGUUAGUGCAUAUGCACCCCAUGUGGGUCUAGAUGAAGAAGUCAAAAGGAUAUUUUGGGAGGAUUUAGAUGAAGUAGUGAGAGGUAUACCUAGUACCGAAAAGAUUUUCAUUGGUGGAGAUUUCAAUGUCCAUAUCAGUACAACUUCUAAUGGUUUUGAUGAUGUCCAUGGAGGCUUUGGUUUUGAGGAAAGGAAUGGCGGCGGAGUUUCUCUCUUGGAGUUUUCCAAAGCUUUUGAGUUGGUUAUUGCUAAUUCGUGUUUUUUGAAGAGGGAUAAUCAAUUGGUCACCUUUUGUAGCACGGUAGCUAGUACUCAGAUUGACUACUUGCUCCCCCAGAAGGGUGAUAGAGUCCUUUGUAAGGAUUGCAAGGUUAUUCCGAGUGAAAAUAUUACCACCCAACAUAAUCUUUUAGUGAUGGACUUGGAGAUUAAGAGGGAUAGGAGAAAGAAGACCCUUUUAUGA